AUCGUCUCGAAGAAGCAAAAGGAAAGUUAUAGAUUCCAAAGAUUCAAAAUUUGAACUGCAGAGAGAGAGAGAGGAAGAGAAAGGGGUUAUGGCGACGACUUCGAAUGCGAAGAAUAUGAAGGGUUUCUACAAGCAGACGAAGAGCAACAUCACGGGAGGAAUCUCCAAGUCAAAGCCUUCUUCCCGGAAAGUCUCUCCCAAACACGCGGCCACCCAGGGCUCCGAUGCUACUCAGCCGGCGGCGUUGAUUUCUCACGGCUCCGUCGAUGUCAACGAUGGUUAUGAUGAGAAGGAGGAGAUGCUCAGGCAAUUUGACAUGAACAUGGCUUACGGUCCGUGCGUGGGUAUGACGAGAGUCGAUCGUUGGGAACGUGCACUGCGUCUUGGGAUGAAUCCUCCUACUGAAAUCGAGAGGCUUUUGAAGACUGAGAAGGUUCAGCAAGAUUGUCUGUGGCAAGGUCGUGUCUAAAGUUUCAAUCUUUUUCAUCUAUGCCCCUUGUAUGAUUCAUCCAUUGUCUUUUGCUGUCUUUUGUGAAUGUUAAGUGGUUCAGCCACUGGCUGGAUCACCACCCACUUUGAUGUUUUCAUCUUAAAAACCUUAACGGAAUGCAUUUUGUUGAUUAAAGUUUCAAUUAUAUGUAUAAUAAUCUCGUUAU